CUUCGCCACAGUCAGUCUCGGUCGGGAUAUCUAGCGAAGCGGAAGUAGCAGCCCGAAUAGUGGUGAUAUCUACUUGGGAGUACAUAGUUGACCUUCUCCCUCGUACCAUUCAAACGGACAACCCACCACGGAAGCAGCUGUGAGCAGCAAAAGCAAGUGGGCGCGCGAGCUAGUAAAUCUCUGGCUCGUAGAGAAAACGGGGGGAGGAAGAGCGUUCGUUUUGCCUAGCAGUGUUCGAUCGGACCCCGAUGGCGACGGCGCUGCAACGGGGGAUGAUUUAAUCCUGGACCCAUCCCAACUGAGCCUGAGUUUGAGUGUGUGUAGUGAGUGCGUUCGCCAGCCAGCGGUUGGCAGAGUUAGAAAGCCGUUUUCGAAAUCCGGAAGGAGAAAGUGCAUCUCUGCACACAUGUGUGGUGUUCUUUCGGUUCGGCUGCGCGACGAAGUCGAAGAUGAAUGUGUUCUUCCAGUAAGAGAAGUUCGGUGAUAAGAACGUCUCAUCGGGCUACCGUCGGGUUUUUGUUUUUUUAUAACGUUUCGGAACGGAAGUAGGACUCCUGCCACCACAUCAUAGGAAUAUUGGGUUCCGUUCUUGUUCAAAAGCACUCCGGUUUCUGGGAGGCUGCUGCAUGCCAUUGUUCAAGGAUCAACGCACAGAACGAAAGCCAAAAGGAUAACAACGUUGACAUAAAAACGGGAUGAAAGGGAUAUUUGAAGUGGUUUCGCAGUGUUGAUGGGUGGGAAAUCUCAAGUGAUGGAGUGAUAAAACUGUACAGCGAUAGUCGAUGCUCGAUGCUGGUGCAAGUCAAGUUUCCUUUAUUUCGUAGUAGAUUCAAUUGAAAAUAAUCCAACUUUUGGAGCUUGUUUGUGGAAGGAAUUAAACACACGUGUUCAACCAAUUGCAAGCACUGAUUGCAAAACGAAGACAAGAACACCCGCAACUUCGAACGGGACACCGACGUUCGACUAAAUAUAAUUAAGUACCUGGUCGCCUGUAUGACAGCGGCGAUGAUGGCUUCGAUGACGGAUCGAUUGUAUUAGUGUGGUUUCUCGCACUCAGGCUGGGGGGUUGAAAGGGGAGGUGGUCCACCUCAUAACUUAUAGUUUACACAGUGCAAAACGGAGGUUUCUCCGGCAGGCCUGAUUUGCGGUGGAACGACAAGUGAACCAUCGUUAAAACCAAAGUGCGAAAAGUUGUAAAUAGUUGUUUCAGCGGAGCAGCUGCGAAGCUCGUAAAACUACCUGCUUGGCCCCCACAUUGCUGCUAGGAUACAACCGUAAAAUGAACCGGAAGUGAAAAUCAAUAUCGUUAUACGGUCGCAAUAAUAAUCUGCGAACAAUAAUAAGCUAGACAGAUAGAUACCGUUUCCUCUCAGCAAGGAAAUCACAAAUCUACACAGCUAUCUCGGUUCUAUUUUAUAGUCAGUCGGAGGGCACUAAUCAAACAUAAAAAUGUACGGAUUCGUGAACUAUGCGCUGGAGCUGCUGGUACUGAAAAACUUUGGAUUAAACACAUGGGAACAAAUAAAAAAGAAAGCUCAGGUCAACAUGGAGGGCCAAUUCUUGGUUCGCCAAAUCUACGAAGACGACAUCACGUACAAUCUGAUAGAAGCCGCAGUGGACAUCCUAAACAUUCCCGCUGGCGACAUACUGGAAUUGUUCGGUAAGACAUUUUUCGAGUUUUGUCAAGACUCAGGUUACGACAAAAUUCUCCAGGUGCUAGGCGCUACGCCACGAGAUUUCCUACAGAACUUAGAUGCCUUGCACGAUCAUCUGGGAACGCUGUAUCCGGGAAUGCGGGCUCCCUCGUUUCGGUGCACCGAAACGGACGGUCAACUGGUGCUGCACUACUACUCGGAACGGCCCGGGCUGGAGCACAUAGUAAUAGGAAUAGUAAAAGCCGUGGCCUCGAAGCUACACGGAGUAGAUGUAGAGUGUAAGAUCAUCCUACGAAAAGGUGACCCAAUCAACGUUUCCUCGGCAAAGGUGGAAGACAAGCCGAAACCUGUCUCUCCUCCUGCAGCAACAACAACAACAACAGCCGAAAAGCCAGUUCCUGUAAUUACUUCGGUCGAUCCGGCUGUGCCUGAAUUAGCAAAUUUAGGGUUAUGUAAACGAAUACUGCUGUCGAAAACGUACGGUGAAUCUUAUCUAUCGCAUAGACUGAAUACCACCUCCAAAAGCUCGACAACGCUUGCAUCCCGAACCGAAGCUACGUUUUGCAACGGCAAUAAAGCUAGCUUAAGUAGUAGUCAAAACGGAAGCAAUAGUAGACUGUUUUUCGAUGAUAGCCAAACGAUGACCACUAGUAGUAACGAAACCAAUAAUUGUGAUAGCAAUCAGCCCCCGGCGGCGAAGGCAACGAAAGCGGCGAACCCCAGAAACGCCAGCGCAUCGGAACCGGUGGAACGCUCCGAUCACAUACAGUUUCUGAUAACGGAGAUCUCGGGCCCUAAAACGCCAACCCGGCGAAGCGAGGAAAGGGAGCAACAGGCAGAUUUUCAGCUGGUAGCGAAAGAGCCGAUGAUUUCCCCCACCACGUUCUGUAAGGCGUUUCCGUUCCACCUGAUGUUUAACCGUGAUUUAACUAUCGUACAAGCAGGAAAAUCGGUGUCCCGUGUUAUACCGAAGAUUUCCGAAACAAACUGCCCGCUGAUGACGAUUUUCGAAGCGAUUCGACCGCACCUGCAGCUUAGCUUCGGGAACAUUUUGGCUCACAUCAACACCAUCUACGUGCUCAAGACCAAGGCCGGUGUGAUGUCCAUCAGUGAGCGAUAUCUGAGGCUGAAAGGUCAAAUGAUGUACAUUCCGGAGUCGGACCUGAUUCUUUUCCAGUGCUAUCCAAGUGUGAUGAACUUGGAUGAUUUGACUAAGAAAGGCCUUCACAUCUCCGACAUCCCCCUCCACGAUGCUUCCCGCGAUCUGGUGCUACUCUCCGAAAAGUUCGAAGCCGAAUACAAACUGACGACCAACCUGGAAAUAUUGACAGAUCGACUCCAGCAAACCUACCGGGAUCUGGAGAGUGAAAAGCAAAAAACGGACCGACUGCUGUACUCGGUACUCCCGAAAACGGUCGCCAAUGAGCUUCGGCACCAGCGGCCGGUAGCGCCCAAGCGGUACGAUUCUGUUACGCUAAUGUUCUCCGGCGUUGUAGGAUUCGGGCAGUACUGUGCUGCCAACACGGAUGCCGAGGGUGCGAUGAAAAUUGUCAAGAUGCUUAACGAGCUGUACACGAUUUUCGAUGAGCUGACGGACUCGAAGAGUAACUCCAACAUCUAUAAGGUAGAAACUGUGGGUGAUAAGUAUAUGGCCGUGUCGGGGCUACCGGAUGAGUGCGAGAACCACGCCAAAUGCAUUGCCCGGUUGGCCCUCGAUAUGAUGGAUAUGGCGCGGAAUGUUAAAAUGGGUUCCGAGUCUUUGAAAAUUACAAUCGGUAUCCACUCGGGAGAGGUCGUAACGGGGGUGAUAGGAAAUCGGAUGCCGCGUUAUUGUUUGUUCGGAAACACGGUCAACCUGACGAGUCGAACGGAGACUACUGGUGUUCAUGGGAAGAUCAACAUCAGCGAAACGACCUAUAAAUUGCUCUGCGAGCCCGUCAAUCAUGAUCCCUCCUUUCAUCUGGAGUACCGGGGACCAGUGGUUAUGAAGGGCAAACCGGAACCAAUGAAGUGUUGGUUUCUCACCCGUAAAACUUCCAGCAGCAACGGAGAAGCACCGAAGGGUGCUGCACCUUUGGCUGAAACUUCCGGUAAAGCUUCCGAGAAGUAAAACCCUUCUCUUCCCGUCACAAAAGAAAAACAAACUACAAAGAGCAUAAUCAUCAUCAUCGUCAUCAUCAUCUUCGUGGAGUAUUAAAUCUAAACCAAAUUCUACCGAAAGCAGGAAAAACUAACAGUGAGAGAAUCAGAUAUUUUUCCCAAAAUCGCACUCUGUAGGAUCUAGAAAAGUAGAGGAGAAUCAGAGCAAACAAAAAUGAUAGGUAAUUAUUUUUCCCAGUAAAACUGACAGUAUUGUACAUACGAUGGGCCAAAGAUAAUAAAUACGAUUUAUCCAGAUUCACAUUCAUAGAUUAAAAAUCAAUCAAGAUUAACUAUAACAGCCAAAGCCGUCAAAGUAACGCUUCUUAGUAGUAGUAGUUGAUGUUGUGGCACUGCGUAAAAAAGAGUCAGUAAUGCAUCUUAACGCAGUUGUGCAAAGUGCAAUAAAGUGUAGAUGAUGCGUAAAACUCUAAAACUAUUUCUAGAAGAAAAAACAGCAGAGCAGAACUACGUAAGCGUUGUUGUGAAAUAAGAGGUUAUGUUAACUUGUUGCCAUUCGGGGAUAUGUUGAUUUUUGUUUUCUUUUCUUCGUUGUAUGAUGUUUUUAUGUGAAUGUUUCGAUUUUUUAUCCGACAAUCAUUUCCAGCUAACAAUAGGCAUGCGUAGGGCAAAAUAGAAUUCAGUUUAACACAGACAGCUAAACGUCUUACUGCUGCUGCAAUCUAAAUCUUUACCGUAGACGUAUGGAAUUGUGUAAAAAACUCCCCCAACGGAAGGUUGGGGAAGCUUGAAAGCAGUGAAUAGAAUAGCAAAAAUAAAAACAUUCUUCAUCUAAAAACUGUA